AUGGAUGGUCCGGGAGGAACGGGCACGGGCACAGGCACGAGCUCAGCUCCCGGGUCAGGCUGGAUCUGGGAUCAAGUGCAAGUCGAGGGUCCAGCUGAUAUGGACCAAGCGAUUCAUCUCCAGCCGCCGAUAGCUGGCGGCGAUGACUCACUGUCGUCGUCCGUCGCCCCUGACCCCGCCUCCUCCUUUUUGCCGCGCACCAUGUCCAACGCAGACUUUGACGCUCUUCUACACAAUUACACGGCUGCAGGGGCAGGUGCUCCCCCUUCCUCGAUGAUGACUUUCGAUCAAAACGUCGAUCCGCAAGCAAACAACAACAAGAGCGACCCCAUUGCGACGGCGGCUGCGGAUGCUUCGACUGCUGCGGCUGUCGCUGCAUUGCAGGCCAAUGGGCUCAUCAACCCACUUAGACCGAACAGCAGCGGUGCGAGUGGCUCUGUGCAUGGAUUCGAUUGGAGUCAGGACCCCAACAACCACGAUCACAAUGCCGGCUUUGGUGGUGACUUGAGUAUGGCAGCUCCCUCUAUGCGCUUCAGCAAUUCCAACAACUCCUUUGCCUCGUCCUGCUUGGCCUACGAUGCUGGUCGCUCCAUUGGUGGCGGAUACCAGCAAGGCAGAGCAUCCUGGGACGGCGCAUCAGCGAGCAGGACGGCGCUCAAUCAGCAACUGGCAGCGGCGGCGAGAGGCGAAUCGUUGACCCCGGGUCAAGAGAGCUCGGACAGUGGUGGAAACACAUCGACUGCUUCGACAAAGAGGCGCAGGAUGACCUUCUCCGGUGUCGAUUCGUCGCAUCAGGCUGGCAGAGGGAGACCGCCGGGACAUGGUGCGGCGAUGUAUCAUCAGCAGCCUGAGAGUAGCGCGAUAAACGACGGCGACGACGACGGCAUGCGCAGCCUGAGCAAUGCGUGGGGAAGGGCAGCACCAGCAGCGCCUCUUCCACCUUUCUCUACAUCGGCAGGCGGCAACAACCACGUCGUCAACUCUCGCGACCUCGAAGCCAUGGCUGCAGAGACGUUGCAGCGAGCAAGCGCAGAGAACAGUCGAAGCAUCGAUGGUGCUGGCAACUUGUCUGCCAUGCCCGCAUCGAUUGCUCCGGGACUCGCUCAUCAUCAACAACACCACCAGCAGCAGCGUCAACGCCAGCAGCCACGCUCCCAGGCAGCCAAGGGUAGUGGUCCCAUCUAUGCCGGGGACAGUAGCGCAGGACAGAGCUCUAGCGCACCCACCUACGUCUCUUCUCAGCAGGUCGGCAUCGGCAAUAACACUAACAGCCACGCCGCCGCAAGUGCAAACGCGCAUGCACACGCACAAGCGCAUCCCUCUUCCAGCCUAGCCCCGACAACGACGACGACGACGCUCCUCCGCGCAGGGCAAGACGGCUCUCCCUCGGCCUCCUCUGGCGCUCAAGCCGCGCACGAGUUUACCCGCCGCAAAGGCUGGGCGCAUCGUGUCGUCGAUGAGCUGCUGGACUUCUCCUUUGUCCUUUCACCGGACCAGGAAGCGCGCAUCGUCCACGCGACGAACAGUGUGCACGGCAUUACGGGCUGGAAGGCCGAUUCUCUCAAGGGGGAGAGCCUCUUCUCUUUCAUUCAUCCGCAGGACGCGCCUGCCUUGCAGAGACAGUUGGCACGCUCUCUGGAGACGGGAGAGGACAUGUUGCUCUACUACCGGUUCAGGAGGAACCCUGCAACGAUUGCUGCGAGGGCAAAGGUGAGGCUUGCAAAGGAGAAUGGAGCGGCGGGCGGUGCUGCGGGUGCCGGCGCCGGUGCGGGUGGGCAGCGUCAAGCUCGCUCCCCCUCCGCAGCAAUGUCUAGCUCGGCGGACUCGUCUACCACACCGAGCGACGAGUACGGGGCGGGGGCGCGUAGCGGUAAACCUCACCCGGCGAGUGUGGGCGAGGUGGACCCGGAUGCCGAUUGGGUGACGUUUGAGAUGAGUGGUCAUGUCUAUCAUGUGCCAGUCGAUGUGGACCCAUCGCGCGACGAAGUGGCAGGGGCUCGCGAAGAGGAGGACGAGGGGAGUACCAGUAAUAGCAACAGCAACAGCAACGACUCCAGCCUGACGACCAAGUCAAGAUCCACCGGCAGUGCUACCGCCAACGCCAACGCCAAGCUGGAAGAAGCUUCAAACGACGGCUCCGCCAUCUACAAGCCCGCUUCAACUAGCUCUGGUCCCGUCGCCACCACCUCAUCCUCGAGCCCUCCGCGCCCAAAGAAGUACCCCCUUCCCCUCGCCCGACGAAGCGAAGCACAAUGCUUCUUCUGCUCCUGUCGCGUCUACCCCUCCAAGGGCGUGACCGUCCUCGACUCCUUCCUGGAGCUCAAGCUCGAAAAUGAGAAGCUGAGGAGACAGUUGGAGGACCUGAACAUCGCUGAGGCUCAGGGUGCGGCGGCGGGACAGGACUCGGGGGAAGGAGAGGCUGGGAGCAAAGGCCCUUUCGCGCAAGCGCAAGAUCGUCGAUCGAGCAACACGCCCACGGGGAGUAGUAGCGCGUCCCGUCCUGGCCCUUCGGUACUUCAGGGCAAGUCUAAGUCGAGCGGCAGCGGCGGCGCAGCCUCCAAGGUGCAGAGCGCAGAUAGCGUCACGGCCGUCUCUGGAAGCCAUGAUCGAGUGCCGACGACCAGCGAAGGUUCAGCCACGGGAAGGGACAGCCUCAGUGAGGCUGGGCAGAUCGUGCGCCGUAAGCAUUCAACUACUGCGGCUGCGGCUGCUGGCGGCGGUUCGGCGAGGAGGAAAAGCCAUGAGACCGGCUCGGCUCAAUCUCAUUCGUUGGGGACGCCUUCCAACUCCACCGGUGGCGCGACCACGGCCAUGGGUACGGGCGCGAUGUCUAGCAGCGGCGCCUCCCCAUCCCUUCCCGCCUCCACUUCAACGGGGGGGAGCAGUGCCGCCGGUGCUGCUCUGGAGGAAGACCGAGUCUGUACAGACUGUGGGCGGACGGACUCGCCCGAGUGGCGUAAAGGGCCCUUGGGGCCUAAAACGCUCUGUAAUGCCUGCGGGCUGCGAUAUGCCAAGAGGGUCAAGAAGAAGGCUCAGGCGCACGCGCAGGUGCAGGGAGCCGUGCAUGGUAAUCUGGUUGGAGGAGGGCAGGUUCAGCAUGGGCUUCCCUUGGGAGAGACGAUGGGCGUGGGCGUGGCUGGGGGGGAGGAGAUGGGUAUGGAUGGCCUCACGGCCGGGGCGGGAGGAGGAGGCGGAGGUGCUCCACCGAGAAUGACGACCCCCCGCGUCCCUUCGAAUGGAGCCGUCCUUGCUCACUCGCCUACACCGGCGCGACGCGCUUCUGGGCACGCGGGGAUGAUCUACGCCGGCAGCGCUGGUGGCGUUGGGAGUGAGUUUGGGUCGCCGAACAGUAUGGCUGCUCAGCUGUCCCAGCAGUCGCCCGGCUCGUCUUAUGUGAAUCAUCAGCAGCAUCAACAUGCCCAUGCGCACGCCCACGCGCACGCCCAUGGGCAACAUGGGCUACCACAUCAGCAUCAACAGAGUCCGUACGGUCCUUUUGCCCAUCCAGCGACGGCGACGACGGCGGCGAGAUACAUGAAUUCGCACCCGUACCAGCAUCAGCCUCAGCCUCAGCAGCAGCAGUACGCAGGCAUGGAUACGGAUCUGACUGGCGCUUUUACGUCGUAUGACCCGAGUACGGGCGUGUCGUUCCCGGCCGGUCCUGGUGGCGGGGCUGGGGAGCACCAGCAGCAGCAGGUGCAAGGAGGAGGGUUGACCGACGGAGGCUUUGGGUAUAAUCUGCAGACGCAGCACCAGCCUGGUUGGGGGGAGGGGAGAUGA